AUGUGGAUGACUCAUCUCGACCGUCUUCCCACAAGGGAGCGCAUUGCUAUAUGGGCUGUAAACACACUAGAUUCUUGUUGUGUUUGCAAUGUAUACUUGGAGUCCAGAGACCAUCUAUUUCUGCGGUGUAAAUUCAGUGAUCAUCUCUGGGUCCUAGUCCUUCACAGAUUGGGCUAUAACCCGUUCCGGUUUCACACAAGGACGGCAUUUAUGGACUGGCUUGGUUUGAAAGACAAUGUAUGUCCCCUCACGCUUCGUCGGUUAGCUGCUCAGGCGACUGUUUAUUCACUCUGGUGGGAGCGUAAUAACAGGUUGCAUAACUCGAUCUCAACGCCGGUGUCGCAUACUUUCAAGAAGAUUGAUAGACUCGUCCGUAACUCCAUCAUUGCAAGGAAGAACCACAAAAAGUUCAAUAACCUAAUGAGACUUUGGCUGAAGUAUGAGUGA